AUGUUUCGUUACAUCUCCGGCGCCAACGGCAACUCCGGCGACGACGCCCUCCUCUCCGAGGAUGGCGGGAUCAACGUGAGGUCGCUCCCCGAGGACGUCCAGGCCGUGUUCGCGGAUAUCGACGCCAACGGCGACGGAGUCCUCGACAUGGAAGAGUUCAAGACCAUGCUCAGCACCUACGCGGUCCUGCGCAGGUCGAACCAGGAGGGCUCCGUCUCCAUCUCGACCCUCCCCGACAAGGUACAGCCCGCGCUGAAGGUGUUCGACCAGGACGGCGAUGGCACCGUCGACCCCAAGGAGCUCAUGCGCGCCGCGGAGAUGUACCAAGCCUCCAAGAAGUCCCAGCGACGCAUGCGCAAGUUCAUCAUCGGUCUCGUGCUCUUCGUCGUCGCGCUCAUCGGCAUCAACAGCGCCAUGACCUUCAUGAUGGUCGAGAUCGCCAAGGAGACCAAGGCUUCCCCCGACGGCGUGAUGCGCGUCAACGCCGGCGGCGGCCACCAAGGCGCCGUCGUGAAGACCGCCGCCAACGGGGAACCGUCGCCGCUGACCUCGGGUCUACCGGACGCCGCGUUCGCGCAGCUCAAGCAGUUCCAGGUUGACUCUCCCACCGGCGCGCACGUCUCACUCGUCGUGCAGGGCUGGUACCGCGUGCCCUCCCCGAUUGCCACCACCGGCAGCGUCGUCAAGAUCAUGACCGCCGCCGGCUUCAUCAUCCUCGACGGAACCGACAUGACCUUCGAGGAGACGGUCGGUACCGUCUUCUCCGAAGCUGGAUUCGACGUCAUGGGCCGAAAGCUCCUCGGCAUGUACGAGAUCGUCGGCAUCUUCAACUCCAUUGACGACUGGACCGGCCUCGGCGAGGAGGAGAAGAAACCCGGGUUCGGCAAGCACGAUUUCUACAUGGAGUACAGCACCCUCAACAAGUGCGUGAUGGAAGUCGGCGCGGAGAAAUCAUGCGUCGACAUGUACAACAACACGCACGGCGCCUACGUCCAGAUCGAUGGCGAGCACUACAUCAAGAUCGACAGCACCAUCCUCAUGGACGUGGACACCAACAUCGCCAUGGAAAGCCACUAUUACGCGGAGUUCCAAGCGACGAUCGAGGAGAUGAAGUCCCCCACGCGUCGCGUCAAAGCCCAGGCGAUCGCGUACAACGUAUCGCUCCCAGACGACGAUGAAGAAUCGGAUAUGUUCUACUGCAAGGAAAUCCACCCUGGCGGCGACUCAUCGGUGUGGAACGUCACCAGCGCCGCAAAAGUUGGCGAGACCGAAGAUGCCGAUGGGCGCACCAUCAGAGAGUUCGUCAUCACCACUCCGCUCACCUCACUGCAGCACGACUUCAUCACCAAUUUCGAUGCCAAUAUUCCCUACACCGGCACAACCGAGGUCAAGUACUGGGACGACAAAGCGACUGGCUACCCCGUGAAGUUCAGCUUCGGCGGAAAGGAUUUUGUCGUGACCAAGUAUGUCGAGGACGAGAUCGACCUACCCGAGCCCGAUGAAUGGGACGUCGACGAGGAAUGCUUUAACAUGAAGCCUGUUGAUGCGCUGCACGACAAAACACUGCCAACCCCCGUGCCCGCCAACCCUUACCGCUUCGACAACCGGCGACGAUUGCGCGACGAGUGCGAGGCAGUGGGUGGCUGCUACAGCUCGGAAGACAUUGAUUCGCAGCCAUAUUGCGUCAACGGCACGUGUGUCAACACCACCGAAAUCGCAGAUAUUUACAACAGCACCGCCUACGACACCUACGACACACAGGGUUCGGGACGAAAGCUCCUGCAGACCACAGGGUUUCUCCAACACGGUGAUAAGGUCCUCAUAUAUAACCACCGUGACGGGGGUGGAGUGCUCAAGGUACAACAUAAUCAACUGCUAUACAGCAAGAUUUUCACUGGUCAACGGACUUUGGAGAAUGCUGGUACAUCAAACGUUCCCUGGUUAGAUCAUCAUUGGAAGGUCAAGGACCUCGGUGGUGGAGAAGUGGCGUUCUACAAUGAAUAUCGCAAAAAGUACUUGAGGAUGCAUGGGUCUGUUUGCAACGGUGGACAGCUGACCGUCGAGCCAAAUAAUCAACACAGCUACACCAAUUUUCCAAGCAAUGCGGUGGACUGGAAGUUUCGUCUCGUGCCUCUGAAAUCACCGGAUACACCGAGAGGCCUGUUAAAGCCGGAAUACAAUUACUUUGGGAUAUACAACGAUAACUGUGGAUCAUUCCUGCGAAUAGACCACACGGGUCGUGUUCGCGGUCAUAUGUGGGACAUGGAAAAAUUGCAAGACAACGAUAUGCCUUCCAGAUUUGCCUUCAAGGUACUGACUCGAGACGGGCCUACACCCAGAUCAGGUAACUGCAAUAAACCCGAAACCUGCCGCAAGGAUUGCAGUGGAGGAUCGUGUCCGGGUGCUGGCAAGACCCACUCGAUCUCAUUUCCCCCCGAAGCUUUGAAGCCCCGGGUUCAGUUCGGCAUCGAAUUCUGGCACAGAGGAUGUGGUGUCAAAGGCAUGUCCCUGUCUGGGAGCUGCGGCACGGCUACUUGCGAGGUUGGCGGCACCUUCGAUGGCCCCGACGUGUGUUGCAGCAAUAAUAAAUUCUGCGGUCCAGGCGGAAGCGUCUACGGCAUUAUCAGCCAGGACCUCCUCGAGCUCAUCAAAGGAAAUGCAAGAGCUGAUGACAUAAGGAAAAAACUCGAAGAGAUGAACGUUUCUGGAUCCCUCUCAAUGAUCUUGUCCUACUACAAACCCGCAGGCAGAAGCGGAGCAAUCACGCUGGCAAUUGUCGGUGAGGUCGAAGCUUCUUUCCGCCGCCGGCAACUUCUUUCCAUCGAUUCCGCUGACGAAGGUGACGAGGGCCAGGUUGCCCUGACAACAUCGUACGGCAAUCACGGCAGAAAGGUCGUGUGGUUCAAAAAGACGCUCAAGAAGGCCAAAAAGUUUGCCAAAAAGGUAACUAAGGCUGUAAAAAGCGCCGCCGAGGCGUUUGUCGAACAGUUUGGAUUCACAAACGGUGUUUUCCUGACCAUCUCUGGCUACGCUGAGUACGAUUUCGACUCCGAAAACCUGGGCGUCGGCGCCACAAUUGAAGGCCAGGCGUGUCUACUCAACAUAUGCGGCGACUUUGCCGUGGAAGUUGCCUCGUGA